AUGUCUGCUUCCAGCAACCAGCAAUUCGAGUCCGACGACGCCCAGCUACAACAAAACCUGUAUACAGCAGCGUGGUACAUCCACAGGGGUCGGCGUCGUCUGCAAGAGCAGACUUCCCUGAUCCAGGGCUUGAAAGACAGCAUCAAUCACAACGCGGCGUUGCAACAAGAUACCUUGGCGCGAAAUUCCCACUUGUCGAACCAAGUCCUCCGACUCAAACUGGAGCUGGAAGCUGAGCGUGGUAAAACCACAAAGGAGGAAGGCUGUGCGGGUACACCAGCAACAGAGGCUCCAUUCGGAGUCGAAUCGGACGGGAUGGAACAAAUCAAUCAGCUGCAUCAAAAGGUUCUAAUCUUGAAUCAACGCUGCGAGACCGCGGAGGCCGAGCUCGUGAGCCUCGGAUACAGCAAGGGAUCUGAUGGAGUGUGGAUCCGUCCAAGCCAAACGAGAAAACGGGCUCGCAAGUAG